GCAACGUCGACGCCGCUCCUAGUGUGAACGCAGUUUGAACGGGGCUUAAGUUUCGUCUGACUGGAACAGUGCUUUACAUUUCCGGUCUCUGGUGUUUCUAGUCAAGGUUAAGUUUGCUGUGGGUCACUCCCUCCAUCUCCUAGAAGUCGUCUGCAACUUCCAUUUAAGAGUGAGCAUCUUCCUCCUCCUUCCGAGCUCAUGAAAACCUGCAGUCUGUGUGUGCAGCACACGUGAGCCAGAGCCGUUUGCACCCACUGGAUUUCUUUUUUGACUUUUUAAUUUUUGUUUUAAUGUUAUAAUAUCAUCGUCAUCACCAUUUCAUCACCAUCAUCAUCAUCAUCAUCUCGGCCACUUCACCAUUUCAUCCUCUUAAUUGGCAGUUACAGUCCAGUGUGCCUGAGUGAAGAUGUAUCUGGAGAAUAAAAGUAAUAUUGAGGUGGAGAUGUCUCAAACCGGAGGCCAGGGUCACUCCAGCAGGGUGGGCCGCAGGAAGUCUGACACUGUGGCUGGGAACUUUGAUGAGCUUCGGCUGCUGGAGGGAUUCUCUGGAAAAAGAGAGACGCAGAAAUUGCUGCAGGCUGCAGCGGUGCCCUCGGGACACUGCAUAAUCUACACCGACGUCCAUCAAGAUGAUAGGCACAGCUUCAGCAUGGUAAACCUCCUCAAAGGCAAAUCCAGCCAAGCCAACCACACAGAACGGUCACCCCUUCUCAAGUUCCCCCAAAAUGACAGUAUAACCUAUAUGACACUGCAUGAGCCCAGCCUGGGGUCUGGAGAGGAAUCAUGGGAGGCAAGCUCUGCUGAAUUGGAGAGGAGGUGCAGGCUGGGCAGUGAGGUGGCCAGUCUCUCCCACAUCACAUCCAUGGAGAAAUGUGAACAUUACUUCAAACUAUCAUCCCCCAUCAGGUAUUGCUUAAGGACAACAAAACUCAUCACCAUCUUCACCAUUGUCGUUCUCUGUUCACUGUUUUUCAGCAUGUAUCCUGACAGGGAAAGCCCCUGGAGGAUGCUGGCAGUCUCAUCCACCGAGAGCUUCUCAAUGAACCUUACUGAUUUUCGUGACAACUCCCUGCUGAAGCUGCAGGUUGGUGGGCCGUUUUUGGGAGAGAUGGAGGCAGUACAAGAGGCCCAGGAAUAUAUACUGAUCCAGGUGGAGCAGACUGAGGAGGGAGGGUCUCGCCGGAGAAGAACUCAGCAGCAGGUGCUUUAUAACUGGACUAUACCAUUGCAUUCCCAACGAAGUGACCAAAUUCUGAGAACAAGGACAUUUGAAAUGGUUAGCAGCGCUCCUAUUCUGAUCAGUGUGCAGGCCUUUCUGUUAGACAGUCAGGUGGUUCCUCUGUCCAUGACUCACCAGUCACUCUAUGUAACCGUGGAAACACAGGUGCUUAUCGCCGGAUUGAUCCUGGCAGGAGUCUAUGUGCUCAUCAUCUUUGAGAUUGUUCACCGCACUCUGGCUGCAAUGUUAGGAUCCCUGGCUGCUCUGGCAGCGCUGGCUUUCAUUGGAGAUAGGCCGAGUCUGAUGACUGUUGUGGAAUGGAUUGACUAUGAAACUCUUGCAUUGCUGUUUGGAAUGAUGAUACUAGUGGCAAUAUUCUCUGAGACCGGUUUCUUUGAUUACUGUGCGGUGAAGGCGUAUCAGUUAUCGCGAGGAAGAGUGUGGCCCAUGAUUAUGAUUCUGUGCCUAAUUGCGGCCGUUCUGUCAGCCUUUCUUGACAAUGUAACAACCAUGAUGCUCUUCACCCCUGUUACAAUCAGGUUAUGUGAAGUGCUUAAUCUGGACCCCAGGCAUGUCCUGAUUGCUGAGGUAAUCUUUACCAACAUCGGAGGAGCUGCCACUGCUGUUGGAGAUCCUCCCAAUGUCAUCAUUGUAUCCAACCAGGAUCUGCGUAAAAAAGGGAUUGACUUCGCGGCCUUUACGGGUUACAUGUUCCUGGGAAUCUGUCUGGUGCUGCUGACCUCGUUUCCUUUUUUGAGAAUGCUGUACUGGAAUAAGAAACUUUACAACAAGGAAUCCAGCGAAAUCGUGGAGCUGAAGCAUGAGAUUCUGGUGUGGAGGCAGACAGCCCAUCGCAUUAACCCUGCCAGCCGAGAGGAGACUGCCGUCAAGUGUCUUCUCAUGCAGAAGGUGCUCAAUCUGGAAAGCCUCCUGCGCAAGCAGCUCAAGACCUUCCAGAGGCAAAUAUCACAGGAAGACAAAAACUGGGAGCACAAUAUUCAAGAGCUGCAGAAAAAGCACAGAAUAACUGACAAAAUCCUCCUGGUCAAGUGUUUGACUGUCCUUGGGGUUGUCAUCUUUAUGUUCUUCCUGAACUCCUUUGUUCCUGCCAUACAUCUGGAUCUUGGUUGGAUCGCUAUUUUGGGGGCUCUGUGGUUAUUGGUGCUGGCUGACAUUCAGGACUUCGAGAUCAUACUUCACAGAGUGGAAUGGGCCACCCUGUUGUUCUUUGCUGCUCUGUUUGUGCUUAUGGAGGCCCUAGCCCAGCUGCAGCUCAUCGACUACAUCGGGGAACAGACAGCAGUGUUGAUAAAAGCAGUGCCAGAGGAUGAGCGGUUGGCCAUCGCCAUCAUUUUGGUCAUGUGGGUCUCAGCGCUGGCCUCCUCUCUUAUAGACAACAUUCCCUUCACUGCCACUAUGAUUCCUGUGCUUAUAAACCUCAGUCAAGAUGCUGAUGUCAACCUACCAGUCAAGCCUCUUAUUUUUGCCUUGGCUAUGGGAGCUUGCCUUGGAGGAAAUGGGACACUGAUUGGAGCAUCUGCAAAUGUGGUGUGUGCUGGGAUUGCUGAACAGCAUGGUUAUGGAUUUUCCUUCAUGGAGUUUUUCAGGUUGGGAUUCCCCAUGAUGCUGAUGACCUGCACAAUAGGCAUGUGCUACCUGCUCGCAACUCACAUCGGACUGCGCUGGAACACAUAAACAUCCCCUUGACACGGGGAAGCAAAAGACUUUGGGUGUGUCUGCAGUUUGCGAUUGAGUGUGUGUGUGUGUGUGUGUGUGUUUUGAAUGACACUUCUAUUCUUCUUGGAAGGAUCCAUGAAGACUUUGUAGACCUGGUUCCUCCUGAGGGACUAAGCUUUACAUGCUGAAGAGGUACAGAGGAGAUAAACCAUGGGAACAUCUGAUCAUCUACAGGUCUAUCACACUGCUAUGGUGCUACUGCUGCUUUGUGAUAAUGCCACAAAGAAGUUUUUUUGGAAAUCUGUUUAUAUUUGGCAAAAAUGCAGAAAACCAGAAGAUUCCUUUUUUUAAAAUAAAAAUAAAUGCAGAUCUGCUUAUAAUAUUUAUUAAUGUUUGAAUUAUGACCUUACCUUCUCAUUUUGAGGAAUCUUCUGAAAGAGAUCCUCUGUGGCCCACAACUGUUGAAAUGUUGAAUGGUUUAGAAUGCUAAAAAUUAUAUAAUUUACAUUAUUUACCAUAUUCAGAUAAUCUAAAAUAACGUUGUGCAUAUCCCAGAUAGCACACGUACGUCUACAAGAUGUCUGUUAAAGAUCACAUGAUCUGGAAAGCAUCUGCUGUGUACAAACAUCUGACAGACAUCUGUAAGAUGUCAGUUUUAUAUACAUUCCAAAUCAUAAACAUCUUAAAGACAUUUAAUAGACGUCUAUUUGACAUCUGAUAGGAAACGUCUAAUAGACGUAUUGCAGAUGAGCAAACGCUAAAAAAAUGUCUUGCAGAUGUAAAUGCAGACAUCAAACAGACAUCUCAUGAUGCAUGUGUGCUAUCAAGGAUACCUAUCCAUUUAUUUCAUGUUUAGCCCACCAAGUCUGCAAAUAAAAUGUAAAUGCAAAGGUUUUAAUAACAGAAGUUUAAUUUGCACAAAAUGCCGAUGGGUAGCACUUUCUACUUUCUAUGACAGCUGCAUAUACAAUGUUAAUAAUGCCAUUCAAAGCACCUUAUAAUCAGAUUUAUGUUGUAAAUAAUUGUAACCACAUUUAUCACACAUAUAAAAACACUGAUCACAUAUAGCAAUGUGUUUAUAGAGUUAGUUCACCCAAAAAUGAAAAUUCUGUCAUUAAUUACUCACCCUCAUGUCGUUCCAAACCUGUAAGAUCUUCAUUUUUUGAACACAAAUUAAGAUGUUUUUGAUUAAACCCAAGAGCUUUCUGACCCGGCAUAGACAGCAAUGCAACUACCACGUUCAGAGCCCAGAAAGGUAGUAAGGACAUUGUUAAAAUAGUCCGUGCGACAUCAACCGCAAAAUAAUGAAGCUGCAAGAAUUUUUUUGUGCACUAACAAAGCAAAAAUAAUGACUUUAUUCAACAAUUUCUUCUCUUCCGUGUCAGUCUCUGUUGUACAACAACGCAUGUAUGCAUUCCUCUGCUUUGCAAACAAGGUGCAGGGCAUCUGGGUUCUAUGUCAGAAUGCCGGCUCCUGUGUCAACAGCAUCACACGAAUGCGUCGUGGUACUCACGAGAAUGCAUGUUGACUGUCAUGGAAGAGAAGAAAUUGUUUAAUAAAGUUGUUAUUUUUGCACACAAAAAGUGGUAAAUAUUAAUUGUGGUUACACUUCUUUACAGUAUGAAUGUGGAUACAAAAAUGAAGACAUCUAUAAUGCAUUAUACAGUGCAUGGAUAUAGGACACAUAGAGGGUGCCAGGCCUUUUGUUUCAUCACUGUGUUUACUCACUGUUUGUUUGCAUCAAGAAGACAAUCUUGCAUCUGAUUGCAAGAAAGUUUAUGUAAUCAGUGAUGCAUUAGAUGUAAUUUAAUCAGUUCCCAGUAUUAUUAUUUUUUUAAUUUGACCAUUUCACCACUGACCUAAUUAAUCAUUGCUAUCAUUGCAAUUUUUUCCCCAUUUUCUCUAAGCAGUUUUAAGUCUAUGCAAAAAUGCAACAGGACAGGACCUUCCUGAACUGUGUAUUUAAACAUUAAUUUAUGUGUGGAUAAAUAAUAAGCUGUAAAUUAUCACUCGCUUUAAUGUAUUUGAUUUUUAAUUGAUCGUACUGUAGUACCAUGUAGGCUACCUGUAGAGGUUAUAUUUAAAGGGAUAGUUCACCCAAAAAUUAAAAUUUGAUGUUUAUCUGCUUACCCCAGGGCAUCCAAGAUGUAGGUGACUUUGUUUCUUCAGAGUCAACGUGCUCUGGCAUAUA